AUGAAACGCCACAGGCAUCUAAGCACCAGUGACAGUUCAGACAAUGAGAGUCCUUCCACUUCCUUUUCUUCUUGUUCUAAAUACAGGAGCAAGUCAAAAACACCAGCAAAUGAACAAAAGAAACCUGCUGAGGUGUUCCGCAAGGAUCUCAUUAGUGCCAUGAAACUACCAGAUUCUCACCAUGUCAACCCUGAUGAAUAUUAUAUCUUUGCGGACACGUGGAAACAGGAAUGGGAGAAAGGGGUUCAAGUUCCAGCCAGUCCAGAAACUAUUCCACAGCCUUCUCUCAGGGUUGUAGCAGAAAAGGUGAAAGAAGUACUGUAUACACGACCCAGGAAAUACAUCCACUGUUCCAGCCAAGAGCCCACAGAACCAGGUUACAUCAACAUUUUGGAACUGGCAGAAUCUGUGUGUCGCUAUGACUUGGAUGACAUGGACAUCUUUUGGCUUCAGGAGCUAAAUGAAGAGCUUACAGAAAUGGGAUGUGGGCCCCUGGAUGAAAACACAAUGGAAAAGACAAUUGAAGUGCUGGAACGGCACUGUCAUGAGAACAUGAAUCAUGCUAUUGAGACUGAAGAAGGAUUGGGUAUUGAAUAUGAUGAAGACGUCAUCUGUGAUGUGUGCCGGUCCCCUGACAGUGAAGAUGGGAAUGAUAUGGUGUUUUGUGACAAGUGUAAUAUCUGUGUCCAUCAGGCAUGCUAUGGAAUCUUAAAAGUACCCGAAGGGAGCUGGCUGUGUCGCACCUGUGUCCUGGGAAUACAUCCUCAGUGCCUCUUGUGUCCCAAAAGAGGAGGUGCUAUGAAAGCUACCAGGACAGGGACCAAGUGGGCACAUGUGAGCUGUGCUCUCUGGAUUCCAGAGGUAAAACUUAAUUUUUGCCUCUUUCUUUU